AUGCCUCUCCUCAUUCAAGAAUUAGGAAUUACCCAUUUCGGCACCAGUGCGAAAUAUCUCUCCAUCCUCGAACAAAAUAACAUCUUCCCUCUAAAAGAAAAUAUCAACCUCUCCAGCCUUCGCGCAAUCUACUCCACUGGCUCCCCAUUAGCUCCCUCAACUUUCAAAUACCUCUAUUCCGCAGGUGCCUUCCCACCAUCCAUAAACCUCGGUUCCAUAACAGGCGGUACAGAUAUAAUAUCACUCUUCGGAGCCCCAUCCCCCCUCUCCCCCGUGUACACAGGAGAAAUCCAAGUCCGCGCCCUCGGCAUGUCCAUAACCGCCUACUCCCCCGAGGGUACCCCCAUCCCAGCCGGCUCACCCGGCGAUCUCGUCUGCACCAAGCCCUUCCCCAGUCAACCCACCACCUUCUUCUCCCGCGACUCCGGAGCCGGCGAUAAAAAAUACCACGAAUCCUACUUCCAACAAUUUCCAGGCAUAUGGCACCACGGGGAUUUCAUCAAAUUCUCCCCUGAAACAGGAGGUAUCUACAUGUUAGGACGCUCAGACGGAAUCCUCAAACCAUCCGGUGUACGAUUCGGUUCCGCAGAAAUAUACAACAUACUCCUCAAACACUUCAGCGAAGCCAUCGACGACGCUCUCUGUAUCGGCCGAAGACGUCCAACCGACGAUGAUGAAACUGUAGUCCUAUUUGUGAAAAUGUCACCAAAUCAUAAAUUUGACAAGGAACUUCAAGAUAAUAUCAAGAAUGUGGUUAGGAGGGAAUUAAGCGCGAGACAUGUACCGGGCGUUAUAGAUGAGUGUUUUGAGAUUCCCGUUACGACGAAUGGGAAGAAGGUCGAGGUGGCGGUUAAACAGAUUCUUGCUGAGAGUUUGUUCGAAGCUUGA